AAGAUCAUUCCGCUUUUGUUAUUAUGGAUCGAAGUUUAUACGCCAUGAUUUUGUAACGCCAUUGCUUCAUAAAAUGUUGUGUCUACAGCGGUACGUUUUAAACAGAGCGGUCCAUUUACGAAGAUGGAAUUUAUAUGAAAAAUCCGUCCGUUUGUUGUCUUCUUCCCACGACGAUGUACAAGCCGGAGUUCCCUACGAGCAAACUUUGCAAUCUUCCAAGGAAGACAAGACGGUACAAUCUCUUCCCAGCGAUGCGGAUGUUGUUGUCAUUGGCGGUGGUUCUCUUGGAUGCAGUACGCUUUAUCAUCUAGCUUCCAUGGGAGUUUCUAAUGCUAUUCUACUGGAGAAAGAUCAGCUUACUGCAGGUACAACGUGGCACAGUGCUGGCCUGGUAUGGAGACUCCGCCCCUCUGACCAAGAAGUAGAAUUGAUUGGACACACUAGACAUCUAGCAAGAGAUGUUCUUGAGCAAGAAACUGGUGUGUUUCCAGGSUGGAUUGAGAAUGGAGGUCUUUUUAUUGCUAAUAACAAAGAAAGACUUGAUGAGUACCAACGCCUUAUGACUCUUGGUAAAGCCUUUGGUGUGGAAUCUUUUGUWUUAAAUCCAGAAGAGACCAAAGAACUCUAUCCUUUGAUGAACGUCAGUGACUUGUAUGGUACGCUAUACAGCCCUGGAGAUGGUACUAUUGACCCUGCUGGAUGGGCAGCGGCAUUGAGUAGGGGUGCAAUUAACAAAGGUGCAAAGGUAUUCGAAAAUUGCAGAGUGACAGGAAUCACAACAGAGGUCGAUGACUUUGGCAUGCGUCGUGUCACAGGGGUCGAUACAACAAGCRGUCAUGUCAAAACCAAGAAUGUUGUCAACUGCAGUGGGGUUUGGUCACCUUAUAUUGGCUCUUUAGCUGCCGUCAAUGUGCCACUUUGUGCAAUGUAUCAUGCUUAUAUUGUAACAGAACGAAUUGAAGGGAUUCAAAAAAUGCCUAAUGUCAGAGAUCACGAUGCCUCAGUUUACYUGAAACUGCAAGGAGAUGGACUGUCUGUUGGUGGCUAUGAGCAAAAUCCAAUAUUUUGGGAAAAGGUUAAGAAUGAGUUCGCUUUCAGCCUGUUUGACCUUGACUGGGACGUGUUUAGUGUCCAYAUUGAAGGUGCAUGCAACAGAGUUCCCAUCAUUGAACAAACCGGCAUUAAAUCAACAGUAUGCGGRCCAGAAUCCUUUACGGCAGAUCACAAACCUCUCAUGGGGGAAGUCCCUGAACUGAGGGGCUUCUACCUCGGGUGUGGCUUUAAUUCGUCAGGUAUUAUGCUUGCUGGAGGAUGUGGUAGAGAGCUUGCACGAUGGAUUGUUAAUGGACACCCUGAUUUGGAUCUCUAUGGAUAUGACAUCAGACGGUUUCAUUCGUCGAUGACUGACAACCAAAGGUGGAUCUGGGAAAGAAGUCAUGAGUCAUACGCAAAAAACUACUCCAUGGUCUUUCCUCAUGAUGAACCAUUGGCUAGUAGAAACAUGAGAUGUGAUCCUUUCCAUAAGGUAUUAUUGGAUGCAGGGUGUGUUUAUCAAGAAAGACAUGGAUGGGAGAGACCAGGGUGGUUCAAGACCAAUACCAAACCAGAGGUUAAGGACUAUGACUAUUAUGGAUCAUAUGACAAAGAAAACCACAAGGAUUACAUCUACAGAGACCUCUUGGAUGCAGAGUAUACGUUUGACUACCCUCCCCAUCAUGACGUAAUUGGACAAGAGUGUUCAGGCUGUAGAAAUAGAGUAGCAAUAUUCAACAUGUCUUACUUUGCUAAGUACUACUUGACUGGACCAGACUCACAAAAAGCUGUUGACUGGAUAUUUACUGCAAACAUGCAGAAACCCCCAGGCAGCACCACAUACACCUGUAUGGUAAAUAAAGAUGGCGGAGUAGAAGCUGAUCUGACAGUCAGUGUCCUGUCAAGUGAAGAUGGAUCCUCUGUAGUCAAACCAAAAUUUGAAGGUGAUGGGUUUUAUUUAGCCAUUGGUGGUGGUAUCGGCGAACACAGUUGGAAUCAUAUCCGAAACAUCUUGGCUGAAAAGCAAUUCAACGUCCAGCUAGAUGACCACACUAAUGACAUGGGGAUGCUUAGUGUUCAGGGACCUAAAAGUCUGGAAGUACUACAAUCAAUCACAGAUUCUGACCUCAGCUUAGAGGCUUUUCCAUUUUCAACUCAUAAGGUCAUCAACAUUGCUGGUCACUAUGUUCAAGUCUUACGUCUGACCUUUGUAGGAGAGCUUGGCUUUGAACUUCACAUUCCACGGGAUUCCUGUGUCUCUGUUUACCGAGCAGUCCUGGAAGCAGGCAAGAACUUUGGAAUCACCAAUGCUGGUUAUCGAGCAAUUGAUUCUUUAAGUGCAGAAAAGGGGUACAAACAUUGGCACCAGGACCUCCGCCAUGAUGACACACCCCUCGAGGCAGGCUUAGGUUUUACAUGUAAACUAAAGACAGAUACCCCCUUUCUGGGAAGAGAUGCUCUGGAGAAGCAGAAAUCCGAAGGAUUGAAAAAGAAACUGGUUUGCUUUACAAUAGAGGAACCAAAAGCUCUCCUAGGACUAGAAGCAAUCCGCCGCAAUGAAGAAGUGGUUGGUUUYAUCCGUCGUGGCGACUUUGGUUUUGCGAUUAAUAAAAGCAUUGCUUAUGGCUAUGUCAAAGACCCUAAUGGUCAAACUAUAAAUAAUACUUACCUUAAAGAAGGAACAUAUACUCUAGAAUCAAUGGGAGAAAUCUUCCCUGYGCAGGUACACCUAAAGCCGCCAUUUGACCCUAAGAAUUUGCGUGUGAAAGGACAGUAUAGCUAGAAUUGUAGAUUAAGAAUUGAUUCUUAAUUUUGUACAAUUAUCAAUAUUAUUAUAAUAAUAUUAUAAUUGCAUUAGAAAUGACUGAUAUUCACUUUAUAUGCAACUGUCAUAUAAAUCGAAUCAAAUAUAGAAAAUUAUUUGUAGGAUAUUUUUAUAAAUUUAAAUAUUUUUUUCAYGCUACUAAUCUGUGAAUUUUUGGCAAAACUGUAUUAUACUAUCAUAAUGUUGUCUGUGGCAAUAAAAUGUUGUACAUUAAACUGAUACUGGGU